AUGACUAUGCACAAUAAGGAGCGAGGGCCCACCUUCACAUUGCCUUACUCAACACGCCAACUGUUUAUUGUUGCUUUUUGUAUACUUUUAUCGACAGAAUCGACGGCCGAAAAGAUACGAAUCUGCGGCGAGAAAUUGUUAGGAAAGCUUCAGGACUUGUGCACAUUCAAGGUGGAUGGCGAGUCGCUGGUGUGCUUUGCCGGUGGAGUUAAGCACAGAUCACGAAGGCAUACGGCGCAAGGUAAAAAUUUUGUUUAUGCUUUUGGGGAGGCUGGUAUUUUACGAAACUUUUAUGCUAUAAAUUAUGGCUCAUUACUUUUUGAACAACCAAAUAAAUAGCUUUAGAAUUAAAUUUCUUUUACAUUUUUACUCUUUUUGCCAAUAAAAUCUUUCGUUGCGGGACUUGACUUGAGCCUCUGAAACCUUGAUUUGAGCUUUUAAGACUUUUGUUUGGAAUCCGACCUUCUGGCCCCACAUGUGUCAGCCCCGCUUCUUUCAUGUUUGCUUUGGCCGGGCCUACUGUGCCCGUUUUCAAAUCUAGCUACCCACAAAUGUUUUAGUCAUUCACAAGCCUAAAAUAACUUUCUAACUUCUUCAUUUUCAGGCCGAUCAAAACGAGGUAUAGCAAACGAAUGCUGCAUCAAAACGUGUCAUGUUGAGCAACUGAAAAGUGUGUGUUGCAGUCCAGCCGAGCUUGCCAAGUACGCUGAAAGAAGAAAAACUUGA